AUGGGUUUACGUAAACCUGGUGACCCCUUCACCGAGAGUAAUCUGAUUGGUUCUGAAAGUUUUGGCUCUGUUUACAAAGGUGUUCUCAGAAGUGGGACUUCCAUUGCAGUUAAAGUGUUCAAUCUGCAAGUUGAAGCGGCAUUCAAGAGUUUUGAUACAGAAUGUGAAGUUUUGCGCAACCUUCAGCAUAGGAAUCUCGUGAAAGUCAUCACUAGUUGCUCCAACCUUGAUUUUAAGGCUUUAGUGCUCAAGUAUAUGCCUGAUGAAAGUCUUGAGAAGUAUUUGUAUUCGCACAACUACUUCCUAGACAUCAGGCAGACACUAAGCAUUAUGAUAGAUGUGGCAUGUGCAUUGGAAUAUCUCCAUUAUGGAUGCUCCUUGCCCAUGAUUCACUGUGAUCUAAAGCCUAGUAACGUUUUGCUGGAUGAGGAUAUGGUUGCCCACCUAAGCGACUUUGGUAUUUCAAAACUACUUAGUGAAGAUGAGAGUGAUUUAUACACUAAAACCUUAGCAACAUUUGGUUAUAUUGCACCGGGUAUGUCUCUUUGUUUUUGCGAAUUUGAACAUUGA